CGCUGAAGAAGAAAAAAAAAACAGAUCGCCAAGUUCGCUGACUUGGGUAAUUUUCGUUCAUCAGUUUUUAGCUGCUGCUACUAACGAAGUGUGUGCGCAAAAAUGCGUCUUUAAUCCGCGCGAGGCCGGGCCUGUGUGCGUUUGUGCGUAUUGGAGUGGAAAGCAGCAGCCAGUUGAAAACGGGAUUUUUGGGGUGUCGGAAUCUGCGGUGCGUUGAUAACGGUUCCCCGGGGAAGUGAGUCGAGAAUCUAGUGAGAGCCCUCGUGGACGUCGGUCAAGUGGAUUUGCGGGACAAGGUCCGGGAAAAGCGUGCGUGUUCCGAGUGGAAAAAAGUGGCAGGAAAAUCGAUCCGUCAAGUGCUGAGCUGAAAAUCCGGAAAAAUAUGGAAAAGUGUUGAACGAGGACGAGGUCCAAGAUGUUUUUCAAAAUCAGUGCCUAAACGCCAAAAGCAACCCAAAUGAUAUACCUGAUGCUCACUGGUGUAGUGUUGUUCGCUUACAUAUUCCUGCAAAAUUGGUGGUCCAAAGAUCGGGACGAAUCAGAACCCGAAUCGAAAGGACAAACCGUUCGUGACCCUUGUGACUCCGCGACCGAGGGCAACUGCGACACAGAGCCACCCGUCGUCGUCGGGCCGCCAGCGUCGCUGACCAACGGAAACGUCAUUGCAACAACACCAACCACCGCCGCCGCCGGAAAGCAGCACCAACCGCAGAUCAAACGGGUUUCGUUCUCCAAUGCCAAUCACAUCUACGAGGGACGUGACGACGACAAUUCGGACAGCUCCAACGGGACCAGCAGCGCGAACCUGCUCGUCGAAAACGGCACCGACGCCGCCACGCUAGAUUCGGUCAACGAAAAUACAAUCGCGGGCAGUGCGGGCGCAAUGGAGUCCGGGGCAGGACCGGGAGAGGUCGGCGACCGGCCGCGCUUCUCCGUGGGCGAGCUGGACGAGGAGUCCAAGGAUGAGUUCCCGCAGACGAUGGAGAACGGCGCUGGGCACGGUUCGCACGCGGCGUACGAAACGAAUCUUAACGAGCGGCGACGGCGGCUGAGGCCUAGUAUGUCCCACGGAACUGGGUUGGGCCAAGAACGCUACCAAGAGCGAGACUUUGUACUGUCCACGACGGAGGAGUUUGUCAAGAAGUUCAACGGAACACGUGCGAUUACCAAGAUCCUGAUCGCCAACAAUGGCAUCGCCGCGGUCAAGUGUAUGCGCUCGGUGCGCCGCUGGUCGUACGAGAUGUUCAAAAACGAGCGCGCCGUCCGCUUCGUGGUCAUGGUCACGCCGGAGGACCUCAAGGCGAACGCCGAGUACAUCAAGAUGGCCGACCACUACGUGCCGGUUCCGGGCGGAUCGAACAACAACAACUACGCCAACGUCGAGCUCAUCGUGGACAUUGCGCUGCGCACGCAGGUCCAGGCCGUCUGGGCCGGCUGGGGUCACGCGUCCGAGAAUCCGAAACUGCCCGAGCUGCUGCACAAGAAGGGGCUGGUGUUUCUGGGGCCGCCGGAGCGGGCCAUGUGGGCGCUUGGGGACAAGGUGGCCUCGUCGAUUGUGGCACAAACGGCGGAGAUUCCUACGCUGCCGUGGUCGGGGUCUGAGCUGAAGGCGCAGUACAGUGGCAAGAAGAUCAAGAUUUCCAGUGACCUGUUUGCGCGGGGUUGCGUCACGACGUCGGAGCAUGGUUUGGUGGCGGCGGCCAAGAUUGGCUACCCGGUUAUGAUCAAGGCGUCCGAGGGUGGUGGCGGCAAGGGAAUUCGACGGGUUGAUUGCGCGGAUGAGUUCCCGGCGCUGUUCCGACAGGUGCAGGCCGAGGUGCCUGGUUCGCCGAUUUUCGUGAUGAAGUUGGCGCGUGGGGCGAGACAUUUGGAGGUGCAACUGUUGGCCGAUCAGUACGGAAAUGCGAUCAGUUUGUUUGGACGUGAUUGCUCGAUUCAGCGUCGUCACCAGAAGAUUAUUGAGGAAGCGCCGGCCAUCAUUGCCGAGCCGGAGGUGUUUGAGGACAUGGAGAAGGCAGCGGUUCGGUUGGCCAAGAUGGUGGGGUAUGUGAGUGCGGGGACGGUUGAAUAUCUGUACGAUGCCGAGGGUCGGUACUUUUUCCUGGAGUUGAAUCCUCGUCUUCAGGUGGAGCAUCCGUGUACGGAAAUGGUGGCGGAGGUGAAUUUGCCCGCCUGUCAGCUGCAGAUUGGAAUGGGCAUUCCGCUGUACAGGAUUAAAGACAUUCGGCUGCUGUACGGAGAAAAUCCGUGGGGAUCUUCGGUAAUUGAUUUCGACAAUCCGAACAACAAGCCACGACCACGUGGACACGUCAUUGCGGCGCGUAUCACUUCGGAGAAUCCGGACGAGGGCUUCAAGCCCAGCUCGGGUACGGUGCAGGAGUUGAACUUCCGAUCGAGCCAGAACGUGUGGGGUUACUUUAGUGUGGCCGCGUCCGGUGGACUGCACGAGUUUGCCGAUUCUCAGUUUGGACAUUGCUUCUCGUGGGGUGAAAAUCGACAAAUGGCACGUGAGAAUUUGGUGAUUGCGCUGAAGGAACUCUCGAUUCGGGGUGACUUCCGUACGACGGUGGAAUAUUUGAUUACGCUGCUGGAGACGAACAGCUUCUUGGAGAAUACCAUCGAUACGGCUUGGCUGGACGCGUUGAUCGCCGAGCGUGUGCAGUCGGACAAACCGGACAUUAUUCUGGGUGUGAUUUGUGGUGCGUUGCACAUUGCCGAUCGGAAGAUUACGGAUGCUUUUACGAGCUUCCAGACUUCGAUGGAGAAGGGACAGAUUCAGGCGGCUAACACGCUGACGAACGUGGUUGACGUGGAGUUGAUCAACGAAAGCAUUCGUUACAAGGUGCAAGCGGCCAAGAGUGGACUGAACACGUACUUCCUGGUGAUGAACGGAUCGUUCAAAGAAGUUGAGGUUCAUCGACUGUCUGACGGUGGAAUGCUGAUUUCGCUUGAUGGAUCCAGCUAUACGACGUACAUGAAGGAAGAAGUCGAUCGCUACCGGAUCGUUAUUGGCAAUCAGACGUGCGUUUUUGACAAAGAGAACGAUCCUUCGGUGUUGCGAUCGCCAUCGGCUGGAAAGCUGAUCAAUCUGCUCAUUGAAGACGGUGCCCACGUGAACAAGGGCCAACCGUUUGCCGAGAUUGAAGUGAUGAAGAUGGUCAUGACGCUGACGGCCGGUGAAACCGGCAGUAUUUCGUUUGUACGACGCCCUGGAGCUGUGCUGGAUGCCGGUUCGCUUCUCGGACACCUUGAACUGGACGAUCCUUCGCUGGUAACGAAAGCACAACCGUACAAGAACCCUUGGCCACUGACCGGUGACUCCGUACAAAUGCCCGAGAAGCUCAACCGUGUUCACUCGUCGUACAAGAUGAUUCUCGAGAACACUCUCGCUGGUUACUGCCUGCCGGAUCCGUACAAUGCCCCACGGCUGCGCGAAAUCAUCGAAAAGUUCAUGCAAAGCUUGCGCGAUCCUUCGCUGCCACUGCUCGAGCUGCAGGAAGUGAUUGCUUCCAUUUCCGGACGCAUCCCCCUUUCGGUGGAGAAGAAAAUUCGCAAGCUGAUGCAGCUGUACGAGCGCAACAUCACCAGCGUGCUGGCCCAGUUCCCCUCGCAGCAGAUUGCGUCCGUGAUUGACAUGCACGCGGCCACCCUGCAGAAGCGCACCGAUCGCGACGUGUUCUUCCUGACGACACAGGGCAUCGUCCAGCUGGUGCAGCGCUACCGUAACGGAAUCCGCGGCCGCAUGAAGGCUGCCGUGCACGAACUGUUGCGCCAGUACUACGCCGUUGAAUCUCAGUUCCAGCACGGACACUACGACAAGUGCGUCGCGGCCAUCCGGGACAAACACAAGGACAACAUGGACGUCGUCGUUGGAACGAUCUUUUCCCACAGCCAGGUGGCGAAGAAGAACCUGCUGGUGACGCUGCUCAUCGAUCAUCUGUGGGCAAACGAGCCCGGGCUUACGGACGAAUUGGCCGCCACUUUGAGCGAACUUACCUCGCUGAACCGUGCGGAACACUCGCGUGUUGCACUUCGCGCUCGACAGGUCCUGAUCGCUGCCCACCAGCCGGCUUACGAACUGCGUCACAACCAGAUGGAGUCCAUCUUCCUGUCGGCCGUUGACAUGUACGGGCACGACUUCCACCCGGAGAACCUGCAGCGGUUGAUCCUGUCGGAGACGUCCAUUUUUGACAUUCUGCACGACUUCUUCUACCACUCGAACCGCGCAGUGUGUAAUGCCGCGCUGGAGGUUUACGUCCGUCGGGCGUACACGUCGUACGAUCUGACCUGCCUGCAGCAUCUGGAGCUGUCCGGCGAAGUGCCGCUGGUGCACUUCCAGUUCCUGCUGCCGACGGCACAUCCCAAUCGUUACAAACUCCUUCCGGACGGCACCGAGUCGGACAACCUGACCGACUCGUUCAUGCGCACCGGCUGCAUGGCGGCGUUCGACUCGUACGAGCACUUUACCCAGUACUCGGACGAGAUCCUCGACCUGCUCGAGGACAUGGCCUCGACGGCGUUCGUCAACCCGAAGAUGCUGGAGGCGGUCGAGGCGGGCGACUCGGACCGGCGCAUGAGCACCUCGAUCAACGUGUCCAUCUCGGAGCAGGUGUCGGGCGCGUCGGUCGUGAGCACCGAGGGAGCGGUUGCACCCCACCCGGCGGAAGCGAUCCACAUUCUGAGCAUUGCCGUGCGCGACAUGGGCGACAUGGACGAUCUGCAGAUGGAGGCGGUGUUUGGGGCGUUCUGUGCGCAGCACCGGGAGGAGCUGCUGAGCCGGCGGGUGCGCCGGAUCACGUUUGCCGCGUUGAAGAAGCGUCAAUUCCCCAAGUUCUUUACGUACCGUGCGCGGGAUAACUUUGAGGAGGAUCGAAUCUACCGCCAUCUGGAGCCGGCGUGUGCCUUCCAGCUGGAGUUGAACCGUAUGCGUACGUACGAUUUGGAAGCGUUGCCGACGGCGAAUCAGAAGAUGCACCUGUAUCUGGGUCGUGCCAAGGUGCCCAAGGGUCAGGAGGUUACCGAUUUCCGGUUCUUUAUCCGCUCGAUCAUCCGUCACUCGGAUCUGAUCACGAAGGAGGCGUCGUUCGAGUACCUGCAAAACGAAGGCGAGCGAGUGCUGCUGGAAGCGAUGGACGAGCUGGAGGUGGCCUUUUCGCAUCCUCAGGCGAAGCGCACCGACUGCAAUCACAUCUUCCUGAACUUUGUCCCGACGGUCAUCAUGGACCCGGCCAAGAUUGAGGAAUCGGUCACCAAGAUGGUGCUCCGGUACGGACCCCGGCUCUGGAAGCUGCGUGUGCUGCAGGCCGAGCUGAAGAUGGUCAUCCGACAGAACACGCAAUCGCCCACUACCUCAGUUCGCCUUUGUAUUGCCAACGACUCAGGGUACUUUUUAGACAUAGCGAUGUACACCGAAGUGACCGAUCCGGAGACGCACGUGAUCAAAUUCCAGGCGUACGGCAGCCGGCAGGGACCGCUGCACAUGUUGCCGAUUUCGUCGCCGUACAUGACCAAAGACUACCUGCAGCAGAAGCGCUUCCAGGCGCAGUCGAACGGAACGACGUACGUGUACGACAUCCCGGACAUGUUCCGCCAGAUGACGGAGCGGCUGUGGAAGGAGUUUUCCAAGGCCCGGCCUACGGAGGACAUUCGGAUUCCGGAGAAGAUUCUGCUCGUUUGCAACGAGCUCGUACUCAAGGGUGACACGCUGGAAGAAAUUCAGCGAUUGCCGGGUGAAAACAACGUCGGAAUGGUGGCGUGGCGCAUCGUGCUGGCCACUCCGGAGUUCCCCGAGGGUCGUGAAAUCGUCGUGAUUGCGAACGACUUGACGUACUUUAUUGGUUCGUUCGGUCCGCAGGAGGAUCUGCUGUUCUAUAAAGCUUCCGAGUUGUCGCGGCAGCGCAAGUGUCCGAGAAUCUACAUUUCGGUAAACAGUGGAGCCAGAAUUGGGCUCGCCGAAGAGGUGAAAUCGCUGUUCAAAAUCGCAUGGGAGGAUCCGGAUGAGCCGGAGAAAGGCUUCAAGUAUCUCUACCUGACGACGGAGGACUACAGCAAGAUUGCCAACACAAAUUCGGUUCGUGCCAUUCUGAUCGAGGACGAAGGCGAGCAGCGGUACAAGAUUACCGAUAUCAUCGGCAAAACUGACGGGCUGGGUGUGGAGAAUCUGCGCAACGCCGGUAUGAUUGCCGGAGAGACCUCACGGGCGUACGAAGACGUGGUGACCAUUUCGAUGGUAACGUGCCGAACGAUCGGUAUCGGAUCGUACCUGGUCCGGUUGGGCCAACGUGUCAUUCAGAUCGAAAACUCGCACAUCAUCCUGACCGGAUUUUCCGCGUUGAACAAGCUGCUUGGCCGCAAGGUGUACGCCUCGAACAACCAGCUCGGUGGCAUCCAGAUCAUGCACAACAACGGCGUCACGCACAAAACCGAAGCUCUCGACCUGGACGGUGUCUACACGAUCCUGUACUGGCUCUCUUACAUUCCGGACGUGCGCGGUGGCACGCUACCCAUCGUUACCGCCAGUGACCCGAUCGAGCGGCCAAUCGAUUUCAUGCCCACCAAGGCGCCGUACGAUCCCCGCUGGAUGCUUGCUGGCCGAGUUAAUCCCGCGAAUCCUUCCGAGUGGGAAACGGGCUUCUUCGAUCGGGGCACCUGGUCCGAAAUCAUGGAACCUUGGGCCCAAACCGUCGUGGUGGGUCGCGCCAAGCUCGGUGGCAUCCCGGUGGGCGUAAUCGCCGUCGAGACACGAACCGUCGAGUUGACCAUCCCGGCCGAUCCCGCGAACCUCGACUCCGAGGCGAAAACAUUCCAACAGGCCGGCCAGGUGUGGUUCCCCGACUCGUCCUACAAGACGGCCCAGGCCAUCAAGGACUUUGGCCGCGAAGAGCUGCCGCUGAUCAUCCUGGCCAACUGGCGAGGCUUCUCCGGUGGACAGAAAGACAUGUACGAGCAGAUCGUCAAGUUCGGCGCGUACAUCGUGGACGGACUGCGCGAGUACAACCAACCCGUGGUGGUGUACCUGCCGCCGAACGCGGAACUCCGCGGCGGUGCGUGGGCCGUGCUCGACCCGACCAUCAACCCGCGCUUCAUGGAGACGUACGCCGACCCGGAGUCGCGCGCCGGAGUGCUCGAACCGGAGGGCAUCGUCGAGGUCAAGUUCAAGGAGAAAGACAUCCUGAAGGCCAUCUACCGGCUGGACCCGGUCGUGCUGGACCUCAAGCAAAAGAUCGCGAACGCGGGCGCCAACAAGGAGACCGUCAACGAGCUGGAGAGCCAGCUGAAGACGCGCGUGACGGCGCUGCUGCACGUGUACCACACCGUGGCGGUGCACUUUGCCGACCUGCACGACACCCCCGAGCGGAUGCUCGAGAAGGGCUGCAUCAGCGAGAUCGUGCCGUGGCGCAGUUCGCGCAGCUACUUCUACUGGCGCCUGCGGCGGAUGCUGCUCGAGGAGCACUUUAUCAAGCAAAUCCUGAGCGCCCAAGACAGCCUGGCGGUCGGGCAGGCCAAGGAGAUGCUGCGCCGGUGGUUCGUCGAGGACAAGGGUGCCACCGAGGCCUACCUGUGGGAGAACCACAACGAACCCGUGGUUGAGUGGCUGGAGGGCCAGAAGAAGAGCGAUUCCACCGUCUGUCGAAACAUUUACGCCGUGAAGAAGGACGCGAUUGUGUCGCAAAUUCAGAAGGCACUUGAGGACUGCCCGGAGGCCGCACUGGAUGCCGUCAUCGGCCUCUGUCAGGCCCUCUCACCGGCGCACCGUGGCGAGGUCGUCAAAACCCUUUCGCAGCUGGAGUUCACCGAAAAGGAGCACGCCAGCAUGGGAUGACCGUCGCGCCGGGGCUACUACAAGUAACGCUCGUCGAGGCGGCGGCCACGUUGAGUUGAGACUCAAGCGCGGAAAGCUCAACCUCUGUCUUCAUCAUUUUGGGUGUCGAUUAUUGCGCGGUUUCACUUGCUUGCCAAGUGGAACAGUGCAAGAUUUCCGUUCCAAGACAAGAAAAAAAAAAUAAUUAAAGAAAUGCUUUUGUUUCGUCCGUUUUAUACGAUUGUUACAAUUGCAAGCAAAAAAAAAAAAACUCCUUGUUCACGUUUCCAGCGAGAGUGAAUUAAAACCAAGCCUGUUUCUAAUUAUAUUAGACUGUACUAAAAGGAAAGAACGAGAAGAAGAAGUUAUAAACAGUUGUAGCUAGUAAGAUUAUAUCUAUUCACAAAUAGAAGAAGAAGCAAGCUUCAAUUUAAAAACAUUGAUCAAACAAAGCGGUUCAUAGUGUUAGACUAAUUUAUUGUUGAAACGAAACAUCAAUCAACAUGCAAAACAAAACUAAAUUAAUCGAGGAAAUCAACCCGUUUCCUCGCCAUAGGGUAGUCUGUAAGAUGGAUAAUUGUAAAAAGUAGUUACUUUUAAAUCCUCGUUUGCAGCUCGCCAAAAAAAAAAAAUACAAAUCAAAAACAAAUCCCACUUUUUUGUGCUGUUUAGUUACUUCUUCGUUACUCUUCUACCUAGUAAGUGUUACUCUUUCCAUGGACGUAAAUUAAACCUCUAUCUUUUUUUUCUGUGGUUGGUUAGCGUUAGUGCUUUUUUGCAACCGUACGAUUAGUUUUUAGGGCACCCGGGUAGCGGAUAGAACUAGAACGACGAGAAGAAGAGACAAACUUGUGUGGCGCACUUUACGAAAAACUCUUAAAAAGGGAACUUCAAUUUUGUAGAUAUUUAUAUACUUUUGCUUUGGAAUAACAAAAAGAAAAUUGCGGUCAAUCAAAAAAGUAUCCACUCAUUCAAUAUAAAACAAAUCUUUAUUCCAUCGCAAGCAAACUAGCAUAGCUAAAAAAACCUGGCGAAGAGGCAGAAUUAAGUAAAGAAAUAAAAAGGGCUCAGCUCUUCUAGGUAAGCUUGCACACAACGGCUGGACAUAAGGCAGCGCAUCACACACAAACACACAGACAGAAUCUUCAGCAAACACUGUUGUACAAACCAAUGGAGAUUUGGAUAAGUAAAUAAAUUACUGAAUCUAGUAAACCU